AUGAGCCCGAGCUCCGUCCUGAAAACGCGCACGAAGGUCAUCAAGGCAGCCGGCUGGGCGGAGGCCUUGGUACUGCUCGUGGCACUGGAGGAUGAAGGGCUGGAGGCCAACUGCUUCAGCUACAGCGCCUGUGCCAGCGCGUGCGCCCGGGCGGCGCGCUGGCCCUGGUGCUUGCAGCUGCUCGCGGACAUGAGGUUCACCUCCAUCGAGGCGAACUGCGUCGUGUACGGCGCGGUGAUCUCGGGUUGCCGGGAGGUCUGGGAACAAGCCUUGGCGCUGCUGUCAGAUGGCUUCAGAGCCCGCUGUGUGGAUGUGGUGGGCUUCAACGCAGCUAUCACAGCUUGCUCCAAUGGAGCGCAGUGGCAGCAUGCGCUGGGUGUGUUUGAUUCAAUGCUGGAACAGACGGUCGAAAUGCAAUUGAUAAGCUACAACGCGGUGGCUGCCGCGCUCGCCGCGAGCGGCGCUCCCGGUGCCUGGCGUUGGGCGGUGCAAGUGUUGGGCCAGGCACAGGGAAGCCGCUUGGUGCCGGACGCCUUCACCUGGACUGGCUGCAUCGGCGCGGCGGGGGCCUGCUCGGAGUGGCAGGUGGCCUUGGGCUUGCUGGCGAAGUGUUCCGGCGCAAAGGAAAAGUCGGAGGUGCCGUGGAACGCGGCGGUCAGCGCGUGCGACAAAGGCGGGCAGUGGGAAGUGGCCCUGGCCUUGUUGCGGAACUCGCGCCUCCAGCGGGUGAAGACCAGCGCCAUCACCGUGAACGCUGCCAUGAGCGCAUGUGCAAGAUGCGAGCGCUGGGCGCUCGCGUUGGCCAUGCUGCGGGAGCUGAGCCCACGAGCCACGGUGAUCAGCUACAACGCAGCGAUGAGCGGUGCCCCCUGGUGCCACGCGCUGGCCUUGUUGAGGGAAGCGAAGGGCGCGCGGCUGCAACUGACUGUGGUGACCUACAGCACAGCCAUCAGCGCCUGCGAGCGGAGCGGGCGAUGGCUGGAGGUGCUGCGCCUGCUGGAGGAGAUGCGGACGAGGCAGUUGCCGCCCAACGCGGUGAGCUACAAUUCCGCGCUGGCGGCCUGUGGUGUCGCGCCGGCUUCCAGGCAGUGGCGGCAGACCAUGCUGCUCAUCGAUGACAUGCUGCAAGCAGGCUGCGACAGCUUCGGGGGAGCGCACUACGACCACAUGGUGCAGGCGGGCAGUGCCAUCGACUGCUUCAAGCACUUGGUGCUCACCAAGUUGCUGCGUAACAUGGUGCGCUCGCCCGAGCCCUUCACCUAUGUGGACACCCACGCAGGCCGGGGCCUCUACGAGCUUCCGAAUGGCCGCGCUGCCUUCGAUUUCCUGUCGCGCCCGGAAUGA